UCUCUCUCUCUGUCUCUCUCUCUCCAUCUCUCUUGCUCUCCGGUGCGCGGAGCCGUGCCGUGCGAGUGUGUGCUCCCAUGCUUAUGUGUGUAUAUGGCAUGUGUGUGUCUGUGUACUGAGGGGUGAUGAAAUGCCAGCGUCAAGCAGCCUCCCGGGAGCUUCUCCCAGCCUGAGGACGCGAGAGAAUCGGAGGCUGAACGAGGGAGCUGCUUUAGCCUGAAGGCCAAGCCAUCUGUACCGGCCUGCCUCUCUCUCUCUCUCUCUCACGCUCUCUCUCGCUCUCUCUUGCUUGUUCUUUCUCCAUCCCUCUCUCUCCCUCUUUUGCUCGUGUUUCCGAUAGUCAUCUUUAGCUUUUUUUCCCCUCCAUGUUCUUGGGGUGAGCCAGAGGAUCGUCAUCCUCAUCAAGCCGUUUUUUUUGUGGUGGAGGUGGAGGUGGAGGUGGAGGUGGUGCACCCCUCACCUCCUCUCUGUUUCUUUUUUCUUUUUUUCCCUGUCCGUGAAGAGUGGCUCUCUGGAAUAACAAACCUCCAUGUAUGACAAUUUGUACCUGCAUGGAUUUGAAGACUCGGAGGCGGGCUCUGCAGACUCCUACACUAGCAGGCCAUCUGACUCAGAUGUGUCGUUGGAGGAAGAGAGGCAGGAGGCCGGUAGCCAGGGGAGGCAGGAACGUGAGCAGCAGGCGGCCGUGCAGCUGGAGAGGGCCAAGGCCAAACCGGUGGCUUUCGCCGUGAAGACAAAUGUAAGUUACUGCGGCGCCCUGGAUGAGGACGUGCCUGUACCUGGCACAGCCAUGUCAUUCGAUGCUAAGGACUUCCUACAUAUCAAAGAGAAGUUCAACAAUGACUGGUGGAUUGGGAGGCUGGUGAAGGAGGGCUGUGAGAUCGGGUUCAUCCCAAGCCCUCUGAAGCUGGAGAACAUCCGAGCCCUACUGGAGCAGAAGAAGAGCCGUGUGCAAGGUAAGUCCAGCAGAAGCUCCUCCUCCAGCUUGGGGGAUGGGAUGACAUCAGGCAAGCAGAAACAAAAAGUGACUGAACAUGUGCCCCCCUACGAUGUUGUGCCCUCCAUGAGGCCCGUGGUCCUGGUUGGACCAUCCCUAAAGGGAUACGAGGUAACUGAUAUGAUGCAGAAGGCUCUGUUUGAUUUCCUGAAGCACAGGUUUGAUGGCAGAAUAUCUAUUACCCGUGUGACAGCAGACAUCUCCCUGGCUAAGAGAUCCGUCCUGAACAACCCCAGCAAGAGAGCUAUCAUUGAGCGUUCAAACACCAGGUCCAGCCUCGCCGAAGUGCAAAGCGAGAUUGAGCGCAUCUUCGAGUUGGCCCGCUCUCUGCAGCUGGUGGUGCUCGACGCAGACACCAUCAACCACCCCGCCCAGCUGAUGAAGACCUCUCUAGCUCCCAUCAUUGUCCAUGUGAAAGUGUCCUCCCCAAAGGUCCUCCAGAGGUUGAUCAAAUCCAGAGGAAAAUCUCAGAGCAAACAUCUUAAUGUGCAGCUCGUAGCAGCUGAUAAAUUGGCUCAGUGUCCUCCGGAGAUGUUUGACAUCAUCCUGGACGAGAACCAGCUGGAGGAUGCAUGUGAACACCUGGCAGAGUACCUGGAAGCGUACUGGAAGUCCACCCACACUUCCAGCAGCACCCCGCUCAACCCACUGCUGGGGAGAAACCUCGGGCCUAGCGCACUUGCUCCCUACCCUUCCACCAUCUCCAGCCUGCAGAACCAGCAGGGCCAAAGAACACGGCACGGCAACCACGCCAACCACGCCAGCGACCACUCCACAGCCAACGAGCGCCGCAACCUGAUGACCUCGGAUGAGAACUACCACAACGAGUGGGCGCACAAGGGCCGUGCCAACCGCGGCCCGUCGGGCUCGCAGCACGGUGGCGGCAGUGCACGAGACACCCACUACAUGGACGAGCAGCAGGACCCAUACCAGGACAGCUACAAGCCCCAUCGCAAUCGCAGCUCUCCAGGCAGCUACAGCCAGGACUCCCGCCACCGGCUCUGAGCUCACCGCUCUCUCCUCUCCCCACCAUCCCUCCACCCGCCAGGCCAGCGCUGCAGCGCAACCAGAGCCAACAUGGCAUCUGUUCUCAUCUUCCAUUGCCUUUCUUUCGACGGUGCCUCAUCGCGCACGUGACCCAGACAGAGGGACAGCCUCCGCCUCCAGAGGGAAACUGGGCCUGCUUCUUCCACUGCACUUUUUCUUCAUGAUCUACUCCUUUGUUUGUGUGUCUGUUUUGUUGCUGAUGGCCGGGGUUUCCCAGCCAAAACGCGGAGAUGGAUGUCCGAGAUUAAAUUGAGCAAUGAACCCACAAGGCAGAGAAGUCAGUUGGGACAUAUAUCUCCCCCAGAAUGCCGUUCAGACAAGGCAGUGUGGCACCAUGACUGCCAGUGUGGAGCACAGGACACUACCAUGAUGCGUCCACAAACCCCACAGAGGUACCGCAGAUAGACCAGAGGUCAGUCGGGCCUGUUCUCAUAACAUACCCCUCCACCCGUCAGUGAUGGGCAUAUUUCUAGAGUUUGGAAAGACUUCUGUGAGACCAGGCUCUUAGAGACUGACAAACUCUUAGGAUCUAGUGGUGAUGAAUGGGUGUUUUUUACACAGCUGACUAAUCAGUGGAAUUCACUCAGCCUUUGUGCUGCAGACAUUGCAAGGUUAUUGAACCUGCGUAUUUCGUGCUAAUGUAUCCGUUCAUAAAAGCAAGGCUCCUCCCCAUAGCUUCCAGGGCCUUGACUGGCCAAUCAGCAGAGAGUACUAUGUGCUCAUUAGAGAGGCUGCUUCACGCAGACACCCAUUGAACAUUAGUGUUUUGCUCUCAGCUAGAUAACAAUAGGUGUAGGUGAUGUCGCUCUUCAGUCUUCAGUCAUUGUCAUAGUUCAGGACAUCUCCAUAAGGUGACCCAGUCCAUUGCACCUCAGAAAAUUGUGCUAAGAUUUCAUGAGAUAUAUCCUCAUCGUAGGGUACUGCAUGUCAGAUUGAUAACAUAACUGAUAAUUCCUGUGACUGCAGGGAUCAGGUGAGUCAGGAGACCCUAGAGACCCUAUAUCCAUCACCGUGUGGACAGACAGACGGUAGCCACGCCUGCUAGAGGUUAAAUAUUCAAGAUGGCUGCAGUCUGUCUGCGUGUUUGAAUAAAGGUAGAUAUUCACCUGGUCCAUAAACCACGGUUGCAGAUUCUAGGCAUGUAGGACAAGGAACCUGAAGGUCGUGAACCCUAACCCCCUGAGGGGGGGGGGAAUUGAUUUUUCAUGCAAAUGUCUCUUGAGUUAUGCUAGUUUGUGCAUUUUCAAAAAGAUUUUAAUAGAAGAAAAAAAAUCUUAAGAACGCAAGAAGUAUUCAAACAACUUCAUUCUGUAUGCAGUGGUCUAUGAGCAUGCUUCUCUGUUAAUUCUGUAACUGAGGAUGAACGGGCAGCAUUGAUCACGAGCCGAUGCCCGUUUGACCAUAACUGGAGCUUCAUCUCUGAAUUUGCUGCUUCAGACAAUCAGAUGGAAAUUCUUCGUUCAUCCAGAACAUUCUUCAGACCUUCCCAGCAACCUGCUCUCCUUCAAGUCCAUCUGAGCUCAAAAAAUAAAACACGUCCAACUCUACUUUUUUUCUUUUUUGUGAAAGUCUAAAAUUAAUGAGGGAAAUGCAAACAGCAUGCAAAAUAAUAUAUGAUUUUAAUUUAUAAAAACAAAUUUGAAAGAAAAAAAUGUUUUAUGGAAAUAAUUGUGUAAAACACGAACUAGCAGUAUUUAAGUUUUCUUUUACAAAAAAAAUGAAAGAGAGUAAAAAAUAAA